AUGACCCGAUUUUCGGGGGGAACCUAUCUCUGGGCCUCCGAAAACCGCUACGUACCGCUGUUCUAUGCACUCUCUGUCCAAGGUCUCCAGGUCGACCAGUCAAAAGCUUCUUUCAUUUUCUUUCGGUUUUGUUAUCGGCCUAUUUUUUUCGUGCUUUUCAACGCUCAAGUGGGUUUUUUUUCUUUGUAAACUAUUUUUUUUAAAGAUCUGAUAAAAUUAUAAAAUUAUAAGCUUUUUGUAUAAAAUUUCUGAAGACACAAUUUUUUUUAACGCAAAAUGUAGACCUUUCAAAGAAGGUCCUUUCACUAUUUCAACGGAUUUUGAGAGUUUUUUCGACUUUGACGGGUAGUUUCUCGGAAAAUAGGAAGUUGGGCCAGGUUGGGACUUUCAGAAUCUCAACCUGGUACAUCCAGAAGUACUAGAAAAUCCCAACCGUGGGGACUUUUUUAAAAUUUUCAAAAUUCGGCUUAAUAUCUAUCUUUACAGUUUCUAUCAACUUUCAUAUCAAAACAUUUUUUUGAAUUUUUUUGAGUUUGGCGAAUAUGAGGGUGGCUUAAUUUUUGUACUAAAAUGAUUAAUAAAUCGUCGAAAAUAUCAAAAUUUCCCAAAAAAAUCUUUUUUUCAAUAUUCAAAACAAAAGAUGAAUGAAAAAAACCCAAUGAAAUAUUAAUUUUUGCAGGGAUCCGACUACCAAGCGCCGAUAGAAAAGGAACAAAAAAUCCAUCGGCAAUUCCAAGCAAACAGCGCUGAAUACACAGAGGACUCAAAACACGAAUUUUCGGCAUUUCAAUUUCACGGAAAUUCUUCGAGUCAUGGUUUGUUAAUUACUUUGAGGUGAAACGGGCAAGUCACUUUGAGAGAGCCGAAAUGGGAAUGUGGAGUCUUUCUACUUUGCGGUUGGGAGUCCCCUGAAAAAUGGCCAGAACACUUCUUGAUGUACCAGAAGAAGAUUUUGCAAGUCCCAACCUGGCCCAACUUCCUAGUUUUUUUGAGAAAGACGCCUCAAAACCCAUGAAAAUAGUUUAUUUUUAUGGAUUUUGAGGCGUCUUUUCUCAAAAAAUAGGAAGUUGUGCCAGGUUGGGACUUGCAGGAUCUCUUUCUGGUACUUCAAGAAGUGUUCUGGCAAAUUUUCGGGAAAUUCCCAACCCCAAAGUGAAAUGACCUUCCUCGUGGGAAGCUCGAAAAUGGCUCAAAAGUUUUUUUUUUCUACGUCCUUAAAUUCAUAAUGAAAGUGAAAAAUUUGCAAAAGUGAUAUAAAAAUAUCUUUUUUUCGGAAAAAAAAAACUUAAGGAGCUUUUUACUUUGGCCCAAAAAAUCGAAAAAAAUUAGGAAAAAAGAGAAAAUUUGGACAAAAAUCGAAGGUUAUUAAAGGCGCAGGUCUUGAAAAUUCGAACCAAAAUGGUUUUCGCUUUGAAACCUUCACGAAUUUCAUGCGCUUUUAAAAUUUUCCAGAGUAAACUUAAUAUUUUUCGAACCCGACCUUCUUUCUCGAAAAUUCUCGAUUUAUAUCACAUUUGUGUUUCACUUAAACUUGAUAAAAUGCACGGUUCCGAUAUAAUUAUUGGGGUGAGAUACAAAAGUCGGUUAAUUGAACUCAGAAACGCCAGAGGGAUCCCUAUAGGGACAGGGGCUUGAAGGUUCCCCUCUAGGGACCACUUAUCAUUAUAUGAAUACCACGGAAGGUUUGAAAAGUGGCCAUUAUAGGGGUUUUAGAAAGAUUUUCUUUCCUAAAAAAACAAUAAAAUAACGUUUUUUUGGAAUGCAAGCAUAUCAACAGAGAACAAAUCGAUAAAAAUUUUAAAUUUCGAAGAAAAAAAAAAUUUUUUAAAACCCCUAUAGGGACCACUUAAGCUCUAGAUUCUAAGGGGUCAGAACCUAAAUCCCUAUAGGGACCACCAAAAUUUUUUGAGCAUAUUUUUGACCAGACGAUUUUUUUUCGAUCUGAUAUUGAAAUGAAUAAUUUGAAAAAUAAGUUUUAAUAAGAUUUUGGACCAUUUUUUAAUGGAAAACGAGAAAAAAAAAUGGAAAUGGAUUUUUUGUGAAUUUUUAGUACCUUUUUUGGGAAGAGCCAAACCUUGGUCGAAUAAGUAUCACUUGAAAUUGAAAAAAAUCGGGACAUUUCAAUAUCCUCGAUCAUACGAGGCUGGGCAAUCGCAAAAAAAUUCGAAAAAGUUAAAAAAACAUAACUAAAAAAAUUUGGUUAUUUUUCUCAAAAAAAUUCCGGUCCAAUAAUAAAAAAAUAAAGAGCAGAAUCUUUUUUUCCAGAAAAAAACAAAAUGUAUUUUUAUAAUAAUCACCCCAAAUUUAUUGAUUAAUUGUAACUAGGUAAGUCCCAAUUGACCUUUAAACGGGUUUCCUGUUUCAAAAUAAUUUCAAAAAAACGAUGACAUUUUUCAAAGUGUUGUGCAGUAGAAGAACUCCUGAAAAAUCGAAAAUUCAAAAUUUACUGAUUUUUUGCAAGUAUUUUUUGGCCUUUAAACGGGUUUCCUGUUUCAGAAUAAUUUUUAAAAAACAAAACCAUUUCAAAAAUGUUAGGCAAAAUGGCAUCUUUCAACUGAAAAAUCCAGAGAAAUUGAUAAAAUUCGCAAAAAUUCACCACAAAAAAAGAAGAACAUUGAACAAUUCGUGAAAUGUCCAAAAAAAUAGCUUUGAAACAGGAAAAAGCGACAAAAAAUCUGACAAACGAGAGAAUGUGUGAAGAGAAGAGACUUAGACAUUUUUCCUUUGCAUCCCUCGUCCUCUCCUAAUUCGACACACUCUCUCGCUAAAAUCUCUUGAUUUUCCAAGAGUGGAAAAAAAAAUCGAUAAUUUUUUUCUUUUACUGUCUCUAACCUCCGCAUUCUACACACUAUCUCAUCGAACCAAAAAAAAAAAUCAAUAAAUACUGAAAAGAAGAAAAUUUCCCAUUAUUCUUAAAACCAUCCAAAUUUGACGCUUCAAAUCUUUACACUAAAAAACGCCAAAGUGGUCCCUAGAGGGACCUGGGAAAAAGUUCCUGUAGUGGACAAAAUGGUCCCUUCGCCCCUAAACUUAAAGUAGUCCCUAUAGGGUUUUUUGAAAAUUUUUGUCAUUUAAUUGUUGGCGAAAAAUACGUGAAGCAUGCUACCCUAUAGGGGCCACUUUUGCAAGAUUUAGUGACCCCUUAAGGGGAGAUUAAGGAGAUCCCGUCUAGGGACCACUUUUUUGGAGCAUUUUUCCGAAAAUUUAUCGAUUUUCAAGGGAAAUGGGACGAAUUCCAGGGGACAACACGGUCGCGGACGCGGUUUUCCAUAAAGUGCGGAUCUUUUGCUGGAUUCUGACGGGCAAGCAAAAUCACAAGAUUCGCGCCAGACACGUCAAAGCCACCUGGGCCAGGAGAUGCAAUAAGUUUCCACUUUUUUCCACUCAAAAAUGGACAUUUCAAUAAUUUUAGGUACCUAUUCAUGUCCUCGGAAACGGACGAAACCUUGCCCUCCUUGAAUUUGAACAUUUCCGAGGGACGCGAAUUUCUGUGGUCGAAAACGAAAGGGGCCUUCCGAUAUCUCUACGACCAUCAUUUGGUUCGUUUUACUGUUUCACGAAAUUGAUAAAUUCAUAGUUUAAUUCGAAAAAUCUGUUACAAGGUACACCCUCAGUUAUCUAUUACCUCUGAAAAAGUUUCAAAAAGAGAAAGUUAGAAAAACCGUGCGUUCUUUGCAUCUAAGCCCCGCCCAUAAAACUGUACGAUAACUUGAAAAAUACAAGUUUUCGUAAAAAAAAAAGUUGAAAUUUCUCACAUAGAAUUCCAUUGAUCGGCACAUCAAAAAAAAGCUGAAAUAAAAAAAAAAUAAAAAAAGAAAAAAAGUUACAUAGAAAGUUUCAAAAUAAGUCUGAAUAAGCUCCGAAAAAAAUAGCCAGAACGUCACAAAAGCAUUUUUCCAAUCUCAUAAACCCCUUUUAAUACAGUAAUGUGACCUAGUUCAUCUACUUCCUCUGUAGAAAAAACCGUGCCGCACUUUGCGGGUAAGCCCCGCCCAUAAAACUGUGCGAUGACUUGAAAACGCGAUUUUUCGUGUUUCUUUUUUUCUUUUCGUGAAAAAAAGAUAGACUUAUUCAAAAAUGUCUUCAAAUCUAGGAUUCUGAAAUAAAACUUUUUUUCAGACUGACUACGAUUGGUUUCUAAAGGCGGACGACGACACCUACGUCGUUAUGGAAAAUUUGAGGUCGGUUUCUUUUUUCUUCUUUUUUGAAAUCUUCUUUCAGGCUUCUGCUCCUAUCUCAUUCGCCAGAAGAACCAGUCCAUUUUGGGUGCAAAUUUAAGGCCUAUACAAAGGCCGGGUAUCACAGUGGCGGAGCCGGUUAUGUCCUCAGCAGGGCCGCCUUGAGAAAGUUCGUUUUUUUCGAAUAUUUCAUUUUUUGGACUACGUUCUGUGGUUUUCUGUGUACUUUAUCUUAAUAUUUCCAUUUCUGGGCACAGUUUUAUGGGCGGAGCUUAUUUGCAAAAGAGGCACGGUUUUUGGUUUCUGGAAAGUAUGACCUGACUUCAUUUUUGCCACUUUUUAGACUAUCCUUAAAGAUUUCUUUGUGAAUCACCACGUCAAUUGUAUCUUAAUUUUAAAUUUCUGCAAGAAACGGCACAGUUUUAUGGGCGGAGCUCAUUUGCAAAAGGGGCACGGUUUUUUUUAUUUCCAAUUUUUCAAGCAGGAAGGUGUCUCCAGUCAUAUUAACGGCAUUUGAAAAAAUUUGAGCAAGUUCAAAGUUGAAAAAAUGAAGAAAUGGCACAAUUUUAUGGGCGGAGCUUAUUUGCAAAAGGGGCACGGUUUUCGUAAAAUUUUUAUUUUAAAGCAGGAAGGUUAACCAAGCCAUAUUUACUACAUAUAAAAAAGGAUUGAGCAGUUUCAAAGUUUUAAAAAAAUGAAGAAAUUGCGCAGUUUUAUGGGCGGAGCUCAUUUGCAAAAGGGGCACGGUUUUUGUAAAAUUCCAACUUUUCAAAAAAUUGACAAGUCAUAUUUACGAUAUUUGAGAAAGAUUCGAGCAAGUUAAAAAUUAAAAAAAGGAAGAAAUGGCAUAGUUUUAUGGGCGGAGCAUAUUUGCAAAAGACGCACGGUUAUUUUUAAUUUCAAUUUUUUUUCAGCAGAGACUAAAUCAAGUCUAAUACGACAUUUGAAAAAAAGAUUUGAACAAGUUGAAUAUUAAAAAUUUUUUUAAUGAUUUUAUUAAAUUUGACCACCCUAGCCGCUCUGAGAAAGUCUCUUUUUAGUGAUUUUCACAUUUUCGUAAUUAUUUUUUUCAUUCAGAUUUGUGAAUGAGGCCUUACCAAACGCCGCAUUCUGCUCUCCGAAUCCUGGCGGGGCGGAAGACGCCGAAAUCGGGAAAUGUUUGGAGAAUGUCGGGGUGAAGGCGGGCGACUCGCGGGACGACGCUGGAAUGCACAGGUUUUUUCUGGAAUCUCAUCUUUUUUCCCGGGGAAGUGAUGGAUAAUGGCCGUUAGAAAAGAGAGGUUCAAAAAAGGCAGCAAAAAGGCGGCAAAAAGGUCUCUGAAAGGCCGCAAAAAGGCACUAAAAAGACUGUGAAAGGGCAGUAAAAAGGCAUCAAAAAGGCAGCAAAAAAGGUGCAAAAGGCCACAGAAAGGCAGCAAAAAGACAGCAAAAAGGCUGCAAAAAGGCUGCGAAAAGGUAGCAAAAAGGCCGUAAAAAGAGUCCCUUUAUCGAGCCAUUUUCUCAAGAAAUAGUGAAAGAGUGAGACAGCAAAAAGGGUGCAUAACAGCUCACAAAAUGGGGCAAAAAUGGAACCUUUUAGGAGCCUUUUUGCACCCUUUCCGAUGAAUAAAAUGUGUAAAUCUACGUUUUAGAUUCCCUUCAGUAUGUGGAAAAAAAAAAAUCAAAUGGGAUUUUUGAAAAAAGUAAAAAAAUACCCAAUCUUCCAGGUUCCUCCCCUUUGUACCGGCCCAACACGUCGGUGACGGAGAGGCCGAUUCGAAUUAUUGGUUCUGGAAAUUCAUGUACUAUCCGAUGGAUCAAGGGCCAACUUGCUGUUCUCGUAAGUCUUCAAAUAAAUAUCAGAGAAAUAAAUAACGGUAUAAUCAGGGCUCCGAAACCCCAUAGUGAUCCUGAAGAUCUCUCUGAAAUUCCCUCUAGGGGCUACUUAUACUCGCUUGUACAAUUAACCACUCUAGGGGUGCUAGUGGAUUUACAUGGCUUUUAAAAUUUAGAAUCAGAGAAAAAAAUUACAAUAAUUGUAUAAUCAAGGCUUAGAAACGCCAGAGGGGCCCCAUACAGUGGCGACCUGAAGAUCUUUCUAAAAUUCCCUCUAGGGGCCACUAAAACUUGCUUGUAGAAGUGACCACUCUAAUGGUGCAUUCUAGGGGAUCCUACACGACUUUUUAACUUCAAAAUCAGAAAAAAAAAUUGAGAUACCACUAUAGGGACCACUUGACUUCUAGGAGCUCAGAUCCCAUAGGGACCACCUAAAAUUUACCCCUCUAGGGAUCACUAUUUUGUCCCCUAUAGGGGCUGUUUUCUUCCCUAAUCCCUCUAGGGGCCACUUUGGCGUUCCUAAGUUUGAAAAUUUCUUCCAAAAGCUUCUUUUUCCCUUUUUUCAAAACCAAUUGUUUCAAGUUUAAAAACACAGCAUAAAAAAAGCUACAGUAACCAAAUAUUUCUCGGAAAAAGGUUUCGAAUCGAAAUUUUUUAUCAGAAAAAGAGAAAAAUCAAUAAUUUUUCGCCUGAUUCUAUCAAAAAAAUCAAUAAAUCCUGGAUCUUCGAUUACAAAAAAAAAAUCAAUAAUUUUCCAGAAAUAGCGGGGAAGGAAGAAAGAAAAAUCAAUAACCUUUAAAAUUUUGAUGGCAGGAAAAGUGAAAAAUCAAUAAAACCUGGAUUACAAAAAAAAAUCAAAAAAUCAAUAAUUUUUCCAGCCUACGCCAUCGCUUUCCACUACGUGGACGCCAGUCUGAUGUACAUUUUGGAGUACCUUUUCUAUCAUUUGAAGCCGUAUGGGAUCGAUCAAAAGCUUCUGGUGGACCGACAUGAGACGGUUCUGAAAGCCGCUUAUGAAUUUUCCCUUUCUCAACGAGGCCGGGAUGAUUUUAAAGGGUCAGUGUAAACUGGAAGGUCUUUUUCCAAGCCUUGGCCGCGUUUGGAAUGGCUCAAACUGUCGUGUUUGUUUUGAAAACGCGUCCGACCCAAAACGACUUGCGCCGGUCGUCAUUCGGAAUGGAUGAAGCUCAAAUAUUCUUUUUUUAGCCGCUGAGCCAUUCCAAAUGCGACCAAAACUUUAAAAAUAAAAUUUUUCACAAAAAACUUCAAAAAUCCUGAAAAACACAAGUAAAGCAGCAUUCGUACUCCCUUCUUUCAAAGCAAAAAUAAUCAUAGUUAACUUUUUAUUUCAUUUAUUUUUAUUCCUAUCAUUUUCAGGAACCAAACGAGCUGGAUAACGUGA